AUGCCAGGGAAAGAAGAUGAAGGAAGGAGGGUCGGCCAUAGAUCCAGAUUGGCAGUAUCGUUUCAGAAAGGCCAGCUUCAAUCAGCUUGGAAAGAAGAACUUCAGUCCAAACCUUUAGAAGAAUCUCUCUCUUCUUCAGAUUCUGCUGCUGGUGUUCAGCAAGGAAAGGUUUCUCUUUCACCCGCUGCCUCUUUUAAGAAGCCGCUCCUAGAUGGUUUGGAUCAGCCAGAAGACAGUGUCUCUAAUAAGCAAAUAGAGAAGAACCAAGAAAAUGAAAUCUUCCACCAGCAGCGAUGUGCUGCCAUUACCAGUGAUAUGUGUGACAUGCUCCUGGGCGAAGAUCGUAGUUACCAAGGAUGUAUGAGUAGUGUGGCUGCAUUCAUUCUGGAGAGAGAGGUUGACAACAGCCAGAGCUCCUACAAGGAGACGUAUGAACUGGUUGCUCUGGGAACAGGAGACAUUUGCUAUGAAGGUUGGAUGGAGUUUAAUGGCAGGAGAGUCCAUGACAUGCAUGGAAUGGUGGUAGCCCGCAGAGCACUGCUGAGAUACUUUUACAAGCAGCUCCUGAGGUACUGUAGCCAAGACCCCGCUGCUCGUGAGAAGUGCAUCUUCUGCCCGGCAGGUGACGGAGUUCACUUGGCUCUGAAACCAAAGUACUUUUUGCAUCUCUAUCUGAGUCGAACGCCCAGUGGAGCUUCAGAGAAUUUCCAGACUGUCUCUUCACGGCCAAAUCCGUCUGUCGGACUCCAUAUUAGCAUCAAAGGGAAGCUCCGGCCUGCCUCGUACUGCCGCCCCAGUGUGCGCUCUGCCUUUGUCUAUUGUGUCUCCGGCAGCGAUAAACUGACCCGGUGGAGUGUUUUGGGCGUCCAGGGUGCCCUCCUCAGCCACAUCAUCCUCCCUGUGUAUAUCACAAGCGUCGUCGUAGCUGAUCCUUACCAAGACCACACUGUCCUCCAUGAAGUCGUCAACGAUCGUGUGCAGCUGGGACCAGGGGAUGGCUUACCAAAGCUCUAUAGCCAGAAGCAGAUGUAUUUCUUUGAAGGCCCCCGCGUAGCCCCUCUUGAUGCGCCUCCAGACUGUCGUUCCUUGAGCCUCAACUGGUGUGGUGGAGAUGACAUGCUGGAGCUUGUGAACGGGACUGUCGGGAAGGCAGUACAGGACAUGGCACACCCAGGAGACCAGUACCGCCCCAGUCGGCUCUGCAAGGCCACCAUGUGGAGCAUGUUUAGAAAGGUGGCUCGGGAGAUGAAGAGAGAGGACUUGACAUCGCUACCCACAUACCACGAAGGCAAAGUCCAAGCGGAAGCCUAUCAGAGUGCCAAGCUCCAGAUGUACACGCAGCUGAGAUUGCAGGACUUUGGCAAGUGGCCCCAAAAGCAGUUGGUGGACAACUUUGCCAGCUAGGUUGCCCUUGCAGCUAAGCCAG